GGCCCUGCAGCAGCUGCAGGAGCUGCGACCACUGCGGCCCCGACGCGCCCGGAGGAGAGGAGGAGGACCCGGCCAUGAGGGGGGGUUAGAGCCGCCAGCAGCUCGGUCCUGCACCCCCUCCACCUCCAUCCCUCCAUCAUCCCUCCAUCAUCCCUCCAUCCUCCCUCCACCUCCACCAGCGGAGUCCGGAGCUCAAGGACGCGGCGGGGGGAGAUGAUCUCCGCGGCCGCGGGGGGAGGAGGAUGCGGCGUCCCUGAAGCCGCAUCCUCCGCCAAGAUAAAGGAGGACAGGAAGGGGAAGAACGUGAUCCGCGGCUGGAAGCGGGACCGGGACCGGGACCGGGACCGGGACCAACGGGACCGGGAGCGGGAGCGGGAGCGCGCACGGAGGGAGCGCGCCGGGGAGGAUGACGGCUCUCCUCCUUCCCCGCAUCCUCCCACUGUCUUCCUCCCAUCCGGCCUUCCCGAGCAUCUUCCGUGGAGCCCGGACCCCCGAGUCCCCGGGCCCGGAGGGGGGGACCCCGGGGCCGCCGGCAUCCCUCCCAGACCCCCCCCGGGGGGGAGGACGCACGUCCAUCAGGACGAACCUCCGGCCCCCAAGAAGCUCCGCGGAGCCGACAAGGUGGAGCCCAUGUUCACGGUCCCGGCCCCCCCGGCUCCCGCCCACCCCGGGGCCCUCGGCUCCUCCCUGCCCUCCGUUCCCACCUUCUCCCCCCCGGCGCUGCCCACCAGGACCAGGUCUGUGGGCACCAGCACCCAGGACGGGGGCACCCCGGGGUGGGGGGGGCCCCCGGGGUGGGGGGGGCCCCCGGCCCCGGAGGGGGGGGACUCCGGCUGCCUGGGACCCUGCCAGCCCGGGACCAGCGUCAACCUGGAGGGAAUCGUCUGGCACGAGACCCAGGAAGGUGUGCUGGUGGUGAACGUCACCUGGAGGAAGAGGACGUACGUAGGAACUCUGCUGGACUGCACCAAACACGACUGGGCGCCUCCCAGGUUUUGCGAGUCACCCUGCAGCGACCCGGAUCUCCCCGGUAGCCGCGGUCGGGGGAAGCGGAUGCGGUUAGCGAUGGCCGAGCGUCCGUUCGCGGAGCCGUCCACUGCUAACGCUAACGCUAAAGUCCGGGGCCUCUCGCACCACCGGAGCCGGGGGGGCGGAGCCACCGCCGGAACCGCCUCCAUCCACAGCAAAGGGAGGCGCGCUAGCCUGAACCUCAUCAACAACUUCUUCACCGUGGACGAGGUGAAGCCCGUCGUUAGUGGCGUUAGCGGUGGCGGCGUUAGCGCCUCGCUCUCCUCGGGGAAGCGGAAGAACAAGCCGCCGGCCGACCUGGACCUCAGUUUCGCGUCUUCGGACAACGUCAAGAACGGGAAGAGGAUCCGGGCUAAGUCGCGUAGCGCCCCGUCGACGCCGCAGGGAAAGUCCGACCCGUCGUUCCUGGAUCCGGGAGGGGGCGGGGCUUCCUCGCCGCCGCCGCCGCUACCCAUCCUCAUCGACUGCCCGCACCCGAACUGCACCAAGCGCUACAAGCACAUCAACGGGCUGCGCUACCACCAGACUCACGCCCACCUGGAGGCCGACGAGCAGCAGAGGAAGCCCGACGGUGACGGCGACGACCGGCUAACGGAUGGCGACGACGACGCUAACGUGACCUCGUACGACCUCACGGAGACGAGCUCAAGCUUGAAGAAACCGGCUCCGCUCUACAAGGUGACGACGGUGGGGUCGCCCAAGAACCGGCGGCUGCUCCUCAGCACCGACCACAAUAACGCCAACAACGCUAACGCUAAAGCCAGACGGACCUCCAGCCUGCUGAAGGACGGCCUGCUGGACGACCUCAGCAACGCUAACAACACUAAACCCAGGAGAACGUCCAGCCUGCUGGACGACCUCAGCAACCUGCCCAUCAUCUCCAACAUGACAGUGGUUCUGGAGAACUGCAUGGUGUCGGACCGGGCGUCUUCUUCUUCGGUGGUGGAGAUGCCCAAGCUGGAGGCCGAGGGCCCGAUCGAGAAGAAGGGAAGCCCCGGCGACAAAGCUAGGAAGGCCAACGGGAAGGUGGAGAAGCCGUCCAAGUCCAACCGGACCAACCGGCCGAUCGCUCCGGCGCCGGCUCCGCCGAAGCUGAUCGCCAUCCCCAACGCGACGACGUACAACACUAGCGCGGCGGCGCCGGCGGAUGUCGUCGGCUCCCAGCAGCCGUCCCCGCUGGCGGCCGUCAGCCUGACCAGUAAGAAUCUUCCCCUGAAACCCAUCAAGCCCAAGCUGAGCGUCGUCGUGGAGCCCGGACUCGUCAAAGCCGUCGCCGCGGUCGCCGCCUGCAGUGGCAAAGACGCCAGGAAGAAGGAAAAACGGAGGCUGAAGGACAAACACGGCAAAGACGCGCCAGCCAGGAAUCCCAACGGCGACGGCGACGGGAUCAGAACGGAAGAAGCCGGCGGCGGCGGAGCUAAACCGGGGGUGAAGGAAGUCCCGGGAAGUCUCCUGAAGGAGCACCUGAGCAAACAGGAAGUGAUGAACGGACUUCUGGAGACGCAGGAGAGUCGCAUGGCCAGCAUCCGGGCCGAGGCCGACAAGGUCUACACCUUCACCGACAACGCCCCCAGCCCGUCCAUCGGCGGUUCUUCGUCGCGGCUAGAUUCAGGCGGCGGCGGUUGUUGCCUGGCAACGGUGGACGGCGGCAGCGGCGGCAGCAAGAACAACAGCCCCGCCUACUCCGACAUCUCCGACGCCGGGGACGAAGGCGGGGGGGGAUCGGACGGGCUCCGGUCGUCCAAGUCCGGCUCCUCCUCCGAGGCGAGCUCCGGCUCCGGCGGCGGUAACCAUGGCAACCCCGGUAAAACCCCCCCCUCCACGGCUACGAAGGAGUGCCAGUCGCCGUACUACCACGGCUACGAGCCGUACUACCUGCAGGGCUGCGUCGCCUUCCACAAAGGGGCCGCCGCCCACGACUGCAAGGGGAAAGACAGGAAAGAGGACGUGAGGGACGACGACAAGAGCUCCUCCCAUGACGGGCCGACUCCGUCCCAGCUCCAGCUAGCCAUGAGCCAGACCCAGACAGCGCUAGCCCAGUCCCUGUACUACGGCCAGUACUCCCGGGGACUUUAUAUGGACCAGAAGAUGCUGCUAGCGUCCAAAUGCUGUGACCAGACUCCCUCCGGCAAGCAGAGGGGUCAAGGCGCGAAGGACUUGGACGAUGUCCAACACUUGAUCGGGGGCUCGGCAGGUGGACCGGUGUUGGGUAAAGGUCCGGACGGGUCCAAGGUCUGCUGUGCCAAACCGGGGGGGCCGGGCGCUAAGGGGAUCCACGGCGGCGGCGGCAUGGUGGUGGACCAGCACCAGGUCGUAGCGAAUGACUGCGACAACAUCAAGUCUCCCUCUUCCUCCUCGUCUUCUUCUUCUUCUUCGUCGCUCCACAACCCCAACAGUCACACGGAUCUGGACUCAAAUGUUUCCUUUUCCAGCCCCUCAGACGGCCCCGGCUGGCCUCACCACCACCUCGGCCAGGGCCAGCCCGGGGAUGAGGCCGAGGAAGGCGAGGCCGACGGCGGGAAAGAGUGUUGGGCCACCAUGGAGCUGGCUGGAGCCAAGAUGCCCUCGGGGGGAGGGCGAGGAGGAGACGCUAAGAAGAGUUCCCGAGGUCAAGGGUGCCACGAGCUCCUCGACGAGGAGGAUCCCGACGGCCUGGAGGGCCUGGAGAACCUGGACCAGGACCAGGACCAGGACCCGAUGGGGGGGCUGCUGUCCGAGGAGUCCCAGACGGCCCGGGCGGCGGUGUCCCCCCCCAUGACGCCCCAGCAGCCCUACAUCCAGUACCAGCACUCGUCCUACCCCCCUUACCUGGCCAUGUGUGAGGGCGGGGGUUCGUACCGGGGGGGGGCGUCCCCGACGCUGGUCCACAGCUACCCAGGUUUCCACUAUCCUCUGUACGGGAAGACGGCGGGGAGGGAGGAGUCGGAGGUGACUCCGCCCACCAGGGGCGGAGCCAUCAGCGGGAAGCCAAUGGGAGACUCGACCUCGGAGCUGCUGCCGCAACCGAGUCACCAGUUCCUCGGAAAAUCACCCGCGCCCGGAGAGAAAGGUUCCCCCGAGGAAGAGAGGGAGGCGGAGCGAGAGAGGAACCACCUGUCGUUCGCCCGACACCUGCACACACACCAUCACACACACCUGGGGAUGAGCUACAACCUGCUGACGGGCCAGUACGACAUCUACCAAGGUUUGAGCUCCAGGUCUCUGGUCUCCAGUCAGCAGGCGGGACAUUCCUCAACGGACGGCGAGGGGAAGAAGUAGGACCAUGUGACCACGACUCCCAUGAGGAGCAGAUUUAUGGAUUUAUGGGACAUCGAUUCCUCGGUGUUGAAUAAGCUUCGCCUCGCUGAGAGGCAGAAACACAAACUCAAAGAAACUCUUUCAUUUCUUACUGACGACGACCAGUUUUGUAACGAAUCCCAGAGGAACCGGCCGAGGCGCUUUGUAAUAACGGUGCAUUUUGUAAUAAACGUCCAAAAUGUAAUAACUUUUUUAUUUCAUUUUGUAAUAAAGCCACAUUUUGUAAUAAAUUUUGUUUUUGCAUUUUGAGAAGAUUAUUAUAAAAUGAACUUGCAACUUUUUUAUUUUCUAGGAAAUGUAAUAACACGGUGCAUUAUGUAAUAAAACCUAUUAUUGCUGUUUUUUUAACAAUUAAUUUAUACAAG